UGACCGUUUUUCGAAGAUUUUCUCGAACUUCCUCUGCGUAAAACUAAAACUGUUGUUGUAACUUGUACUAAUUCUGAUGACUACUUCAACAUUAGAUUGGCAAUUUCAGUUCAAGUUUUCAUUCCUUAUAAGGCACUACAGAUAUUGAAGUUUAAUCAAAAAUGGCUCCAUCAAAAAUGAUUUUGUUCUUAUUAUCCAUUCUUAUUGGCACCGUUAUUUUCAGCGAAGCGCAGCCAAAUUUCUUUUCGCGUUCAUGUUCUGAAACUGGUAACUAUACCAACAACAGUGUGUACAAAUCAAAUCUCAACACCCUCUUAACGUCUAUCGCCUCCGACACUAAUAUAAAUUACGGAUUUUACAAUUUCUCUUUCGGUCAAGAUCCUGACAGAGUUUAUGCAAUUUCGCUAUGUAGAGGAGACGUUGAGUUAGAUAGUUGUCGUAGCUGUGUUAAAGACUCUACUCGCAGGAUCUUACAGGAUUGUCCGAACCAGAAGGAGGCAGUCGGAUGGUAUGAUAACUGUAUGAUCCGAUUUUCAAACAUGUCUAUAUUCGGUAUCAUGGAAGAUCAACCCAAACUUCAUUUAUUUAAUGUAAAUAAUGUCACGAGCGUUGAUCUGUUUAAUCAAGCACUCAGAACCUUGCUGGAUAGUUUAAAAGCUGAAGCUGCAUCCGGCAGUUCAAUUCGCAAGUUUGCGACAGGAGAUGCAGUAGGACCGGAUUUUCUGACAAUUUACGCUCUUUCGCAAUGUACUCCUGACCUUUCUGAUGUGGAGUGCAAUGACUGCCUGGAACAGUCAGCUAGAUAUAUCCCAGAUUGUUGUAAUGGAAAGGUUGGCGCUAGAGUUGUUACUCCUAGCUGUAAUUUAAGGUAUGAGACCAGCCGUUUCUAUAAUACUUCAGCUCCACCGCCGCCUAAAGAAGAGGACAGCAACACAUCUCGAACUGUUGUUAUUAUUGUUGUUCCAAUUGUUGGUGUCUUGAUACUAUUGAUCUGCUUAUACAUCUUCCUGAAACGGAGAAAACCAAGACAAAGAAAACCUGACAUCGAAGACGUGGAUGAAAUUAUAAAUGCUGAAUCAUUACAAUUUGAUUUUGCCACCAUUAGAGCAGCAACAGACAACUUUUCUGACGCAAAUAAGCUCGGACAAGGUGGAUUUGGCUCUGUUUAUAAGGGGAGGCUUUCUGAUGGACAAGAAGUAGCGGUAAAAAGGCUAGCCACCGGUUCUGGACAAGGAGAUUUAGAAUUUAAGAAUGAAGUCCUUUUGGUGGCUAAGCUUCAACAUAGGAACUUGGUUAGGCUCCUCGGAUUUUGCUUGUCAGGAAAUGAAAGGCUCUUAGUCUACGAGUUUGUCCCGAAUACAAGCCUUGAUCAUUUCUUGUUUGAUUCCGACAAACGGGCAUAUUUGGACUGGGAUAAACGAUACAAAAUAAUAGGAGGCAUUGCUCGAGGACUUGUUUAUCUUCACGAAGACUCUCGUUUGCGAAUCAUACAUCGGGAUCUCAAAGCCAGUAAUAUCCUGUUAGAUGCAGAGAUGAACUCUAAAAUUGCAGAUUUUGGUAUGGCAAGGUUGUUUAUAAUGGAUCAAACCCAAGGAAAUACAAGUAGAAUUGUAGGCACCUAUGGCUAUAUGGCUCCGGAGUACGCAAUGCACGGUUACUUUUCCGUCAAAUCAGAUGUCUACAGUUUUGGAGUGCUCCUUCUCGAGAUUGUUAGCGGUCAAAAAAACAACUCAUUUCGCAGCGGAGAUAACGUAGAGGAUCUUCUAAGCUAUGCCUGGAGGAACUGGAAAGAAGAGACAUGCUUAAACAUUGUGGACACAAAUUUGAGAAAUGGUUCAAGAAAUGAAAUGAUGAGGUGUAUCCACAUUGGACUGUUAUGUGUUCAAGAAAAUGUAGCUGAUAGACCAACCAUGGCUUCAGUUGUUCUCAUGCUGAGUAGUAACUCUCUUACUCUUCCAGUACCCUUAAGACCACAUUCAUUCAUGAGUAGCAGCUCUGGUUCAGACAAUUUUAAUUCUCAGGGAUAUGUUUCAGAAGUGACCGAGUAGAGUCAAUCGAAAAGCGAAACCGGACUAUUGUCUGCAGCCAUUUAUUGAGUUGUAUUCUAUAGUUUUUCAGAUGUUAAUAUAUAGUUGUAUUGUAUUUAUAUAGUUUAUCAGAUUGGGUUUUGUACAAGAGGAAAAUAUUUUAUUCUUUGUAGUUGAUUCUGAUUCUUAAA